UAACAGGCUGUUUUGUUCAGCAGGUCAGUGGGUAGACUGGGGAGGACACACAGGCACUCGGCUCGGCCUCUGGCUGCUUCUGUGCAGGGAGAUCUUUCAGAGAAAGCAAGGAAGAACAUGGCAGUGAUGUACCGAUCGGCUGCUCUGGAGAACGAUGAACUGAGGGCGUUGUAUGGGGAGGAGAGAGCCAUUUACUUUGAGAAGGACGAGGACUGCAUUAGUGAGGAGAACGAUCAGGAUUCAGAGAGUAGCGAAGACGGAAACGGCGGCAGGGGCGUCCACAGCUCUCUGUCGCUGGAAAACUACGUUCUGCAGAAAGAGGAGCGCGUUUACUUCUCCAACCAGGAGUACUACAGGAGGCUGGAGGAGCUAAAGAGCGCCCACCUGAGGAACAUGGCGGAGCUGGAGAGGAUGUACAUCAGUCAGGGACAGGACAGGGAGGAGGAUGAAGCUCUGGGAAGAGGAAGAAACAAAGAGGCGAAGCAAACGCUCUGGAAGGGGAACGUCGCCCUCUUUGGCAGCGGCCCCGCCAGGAGACUGCAGAGGAUUAAUUCCCAGGAGGAGCUGGACUUCCGAGACACAUCAAGCGGCUCUGACCAAUCAGAACUCAGCGGAGAGGAUUUCUCAGGAGAACUGGGUUGGACUUCCAACCAGCGGCAAACCUUUCAGAGAAACAUCUUCCACAGUCCGGAGCGCAUGACGGCCAAGAAGAACUUCAGGUUUCAGCCAAAAGCUUCCUGCCCCAAACCACAGGCAAGAGCGUCCCGUCAGCCAGGUGCCAGAGCUCAGUCCAGUUCCAAAUUCACCGUGCCCAAACCCUUCCAGAUGAUGCUGAGAGAAGAGGAGAGGAAGAGGCACAGGGUGCGCACGCGUUCCGAGGUGGAGCUGGAGAACACGCUGCUGAGGCAAGAGCUGGAGGAGCUCCGGGAAUGCCAGAAGAAGUUCAGAGCAUCGCCCGCGCCGGCUCACAUCCACCUGCCUCUGUAUGAGGUCAUCAGCCGUCGCCAGAGAGGCAGCGGUAACAAUAACAGUGAGAUGAGCACGGCGCCUUUCCAGUUCUUGGAAAGGGAGAGGAGAAAGAGGGAGGCCAGGAUAGCGGCGGAGCUGGGCAACUUCGGACGUGGAGAGGAGCGACGGGGCUUCAAGGCCUCGCCCCUGCCCAGCUCGGUGUACGGUAGCAGACAUGCCAAGAGCCCAAACCGCCCCCGCCAGCUUCAGACUGUCUUCAUGAUGGAAAGAGAAGCCACAGAGGGCCAAAGUGAUAAGAGCUCAGACAUGGAGCUGGGUGUCCAGCGGUCAGACGACUUCAGCAGGACCCAGAGAUGUUCACCAUCCAAGCCAGUGAAGAAGCAGGUGGAGCUGUCCAUUGAGAUGAAGGAGAGGAGGUAGGCCUUCGCUGUCCUAGUCAAAGUCCAGGGCAGCAGCAUCUGCACACGUCUGCAGCCAAGCGGAUCACAGCUUCCCCUCACUAACAAGUUGCUCUUCUGUAGUGUUAAAAGACUGAGUUUGCAGAUGGUUCAACAGCAGCUACAGUCAUAUCGAAAUAAUUUAGAAGAUGCAUUUCUAAGAGGCUCUUCUGUCAGAUUAAAAGCACCGUUUGAAAAAAGCGACAACCUGUUAGCCGUCCCUAGACAUACUUUUCAUUAAGUCCCCAUUCCUGCAUCAAAAAUGUGUUUUUUUUAUUGCUCUGAUGCAACAUUCUAAUCUGAAAUUCUGUGUUUUUAUUAGCUGAGAAAAAAAAAUCAUAAUUAACAGAAAUAAAGGUUUCAUAACAUCCUCAGUCUGUGUUAAUGUAUAUAAUGUGUUUCUUUAAUGAACAGAGUCACUGAAGCAAAUGAGCUUUUCAAUAAUAUUCUAAUCUAUUGAAUAUGCCUGUCUCUGUAACAUUGUUAGUAGCUUUUGCAGUACACAUCUUUAUGAAACAGCGGUACAUGAAGUAAUGCACAAUGAUGUUUUAGAGUACUAUUAGCCUUGUAGUAAGCCAUCUGCCCUGUACAAAAUAAAAGUGACUUAUUUUGAA